AUGUCUUCACUAAUAACAGCUGUAUUUAAAGCCACUAUCGGCAUGUUGGUGAAUAAAGGAAGAGAUAAACUGGCAGAAAAGUUGAAUGAGGGUGAUGUUACAGAUCAGAAAUUCCGUGGCCUGAUCGUCCGUGAAAUCGAUGAAAUAAAAUCGAAGUUGGAUGGUUUAGCAAGAACGCCUUUGAAGACAAGUAUGAGCCUUUUUAAAGAAGGAAUCGAGUUGUUGUAUGAAGUGUUUGAAAGUGCCAGACCCAGUACCGAGAAUCGCGCGAUAGAAGCCGCUGCAACAGCUAGUGUUGAGCAAUUCGAUAUUGCUAAAGAAAUGAGGAAAUUACAGCUUACUGCCUUGGAUGAGUCGGCCACGAGGAAGCUUAGCACAGCGAAGGAGACAUUUAGUGAAGCUCGAUUGGAAGCAAUGAGAGCUUUUAGUAAUGAAGCUUUGGAAUUACCUGAUCGCCUGUUAGCUAUGCAAUAUCGACUGAUGGCUACGAUACUGAGGAAUAUUGACAAUCCUACAGACGCAUUAGGGGCUUGUAGAGUCUGCCUUGACGAGUUACACCAAGUGCCAGCUGUUAAAGAAUAUUUCAAAGUUGAGUUGGAGAGAGGAUUGAGAUUGAAGGCUCGCUUUAAUAAAGACGAAAGAAGGCAAAUAAUUUUUUCUGUUUGUCACGCUAAUCGUGUGAUCUAUGAUGUAAUGAGCAUGCUCGGUAGUGGAAAAAUGUGGACGUUGCCUGAUGUUGAAACCGGGAAAGAGGAAGUGGAUCGACUCCGCAACGAAAGAGUUGUUAAAGUACUGGCAAAACAAGGUAAGGAGCACCGCUGUGUUACGCCAUGGUCAUUUGCUCAGGAGGGUGAAGAGGAGCACAAGCUGAAGAAUCCGUGGCGUAUCGCUACAAACCAUAGAGGACAAUUCCUGAUAGCAGACAAUGGGGAUAAAACCGUGAAGGUGUUUGAUAGCAACGGAAAGUUUGAUUUUAGGUUUAAUCCUCAAACUGAUGACGCCGAUACAAAGUUAGCUAUUUUGGAUGUCGCCACUGCAGGCGAGGACGACAUGAUUUAUCUUCUGGUCCGACUGAUGAAGCCUGAGGCUGAGAAAUGGGAGAAGGAAGUGCAGGUUUUUAACAAGACUGCUGACCUACAGCACAAGUUUCCUGUGAGGAGAGGGAUCUGGGGCAGACUAACAGUGACCAGCGGCAAACAACGCGGCAAAAUUCUGCUGUUGACAGAUGAUGACAGGAUGGAUAACGUUGUUGAUGUUCAAGAGCUGAGUGGCGAGUUCGUUUGUAGCUUUGGUGGAGGAGUGUUCAAGAGGGCAACAGAUAUCACUGCUACUUGUGAUGGUCGCGUCAUGAUAGUGGACCGAGAAGAUGGCAGUUCAUACUUAUUUGAUGUGGAGGGACACCAGCUUGGCAAAUUUAAUAUCAAACAUGAGAGAGAUGUCUAUUAUUGCAUUGCAUGUCACCUGGCAAGUGACCAUGUUGUCCUUGCUGGUGCGGAACGAGAGACAUACCGCCUGACGCUGGCUAUAUACACUGUUAAUGGCGAAUUUGUUCGCAGAAUUCAGCUGGAUGAAGUAGUAUGGUCUUUUUUCGGUGGAAUAACAGUAGAUUCUGUACGUGGAAUAACAGUGACCGUGGAGGGUCACAUUGCUGUGGCUUUACAGGCUAUUACAUACGAGGAUAGAAUUCAAAAGGUAAUUGUUGUUUAA